AUGGGCCGCCCCUCCCUCUCCUGGCGCUACCCCCUCUCCCCGCGCCGCACCCUCUCCUCCCUCCUGAGGAUCCUGUUUCUUGUGGAGGCGCACGUGGAUCUCGAGGAUCCGGUCGCGGGCUUCCUGGAUGAGGCAGCGGCGCUUGCCGUAGGCAUGCUCGAGGCGCCGCUGCAGCUCGGCGGUGUGUGCCUGCGUCCAGCUCUGUCAAUGCCUCCACCAGGCGUGGUGGAGUCCAUCGGGGUGUCCUACGGCAUGAGCGGCGACAACCUGCCGCCGGCGAGCAGCGUCAUCGGCAUGUACAAGGACAACGGCAUCACGCUGAUGCGGAUCUACGCGCCGGACCAGGCGGCGCUCCAGGCCGUGGGCGGCACGGGCAUCCGCGUCGUGGUCGGUGCGCCCAACGACGUGCUGUCCAGCCUCGCCGCCAGCCCGGCCGCGGCCGCGUCGUGGGUCCGCAACAACAUCCAGGCGUACCCGAAGGUCUCCUUCCGCUGCGUCUGCGUGGGCAACGAGGUGGCCGGCGGCGCGGCGCAGAACCUGGUCCCGGCCAUGGAGAACGUCCGCGCCGCGCUGGCCGCCGCCGGGCUGGACGGCAUCAAGGUCACCACGUCCGUGUCGCAGGCCAUCCUCGGCGGGUACAAGCCGCCCUCCGCCGCCGAGUUCACCGACGAGGCGCAGGGGUUCAUGGGCCCCGUCCUCGACUUCCUGGCGCGCACCGGCGCGCCUCUCAUGGCGAGCGUCUACCCCUACUUCACCUACGCCACCAACCCGUCGGCCAUGGACCUCAGCUAUGCGCUCUUCACCGCGCCCGGCACCGUCCUCAAGGACGGCAACUACGAGUACCAGAACCUCUUCGACGCCACCGUCGACUCCUUCUACGUGGCAAUGGGCAACCACGGUGGCUCCGGCGUGACCCUUGUGGUGUCGGAGAGCGGGUGGCCGUCCACCGGCGGCGUCGCGGCGUCGCCCGAGAAUGCGGCCAUCUACAACCAGAAUCUCAUCAACCACGUAGGCCGGGGAACCCCGCGCCACCCGGGCGCCAUCGAGACGAUCCUCUUUUCCAUGUUCAACGAGAACCUCAAGGAGAGCGGCGUGGAGCAGAACUGGGGGCUCUUCUACCCCAACAUGCAACGCGUCUACCCCAUCAGCUUCAACUGA